AUGACAAGGAGCGAAAUGAUGCUAGAAAGGGAUUCAUAUGACUGUCUAAGCGAUUUUGAGGAUCCAGCUGGCAGAUCUUUUUAUUCAUUAGACAAAAGCCUCACAAGCAAUAUAGGCCAAGGUGGAGCCACUUCAUCAAACUUCACAAAGAAGCCGUCUAUAGAGGCCAAUGAAACAUUAAAUAAGAUAAUCCAAUCAACAGGCAGGAUGAUCCAAAAAGCAUGCUUUUCACAGUCAUCGAAAGACGCCCAGAUGAUGGAACUACCAAUAAGCAUAGGUUUUGGUAGAGAAUUGGGCUAA